AUGCCCAACGAUAUGGACACACCCAAAAGUGAUACCAGCAAAGCUGACACAACCACAACACCGACCAAACCACCAUCUGUGGCCAGGGCCCCCUCUGUGGCGACGAAUCGUACGGACGACGAUGACUUUGAGGAAAUUGAUUUCCCUACCAACCUUUCUAUCUCUUCCGAAUCAGAUGAUGAUGGUUCGGCAGCGGCUCCUUCGGACGCUGACGAAAUGGUCCCACAAGUACAAAUGGACGAAGGAGACUUUGACUUGGAGGAGGAAUACGCAAGUGAUAAUGAUACAGGGGACGUGGACUUGGACGGCGACCUGCUGGAUUCAGACAAUGAUGACAUGAACUUGUAA